AUGCCGACAACACAUUUAACUCAAGUGCUUGCGACAUCGCGUAGCCACUUGACAUUGGUCAACUCUGGACACUGGCAGAAUGUUCUGGUCUCUGUCUUUCAUAACACUGGCACCAAUGUUCUAACUACAGGAAGACAUGUGUAUCCUUUCUCUUUCCAAAUUCCUGACGAGGACAUGCCCUCCUCUUUCCAGGGUAAAUGUGGUCAAAUCAUCUACUCAUUAGAGGCUAAGUUGACCAGGUCAAUGAGGUUUGACACCAAAGCCAAGACUGAUUUCCCCUUUGUCUCAAAGGCAGACCAGUCUAUGAUCCCAUAUCUAAUGAAACCUCAGCAUGGGACCAAGGAUAAGGAUGUUAUGUUCUUUGCAUCUGGAAAAAUCUCUGUGAGCAUUCACACUGAGAGGCAGGGAUACCAGCAAGGAGAUGCUCUGAAAGUCAGGGCAAUUAUUGUCAACAACUCAACUCGCCCAGUGACCCCAAAAUACUACCUGUACGAAAAGCAGUGUUUCUACGCCCAGAAGAAGAGGAAAGUCCACACCCACAACAUCUUGAAAGAGAAGGGCCAUCGGGUCCAUGCUGGCACUCGGCACACGGUGACCCAAGUUUUGACCAUCCCUCCACAACUCCCUGCCACCAUCUUCAACUGUCCUAUACUCAAAUUAGAGUACCGAUUGAAGGUCGUUCUUGAUGUUAAACUGGCCAUAGACCCUGAGAUCAAGCUACCUAUCGUUGUUCUUACUGCAACUCAAACUCUUGGACAGGAACCCCCACCUUACUCCAGUUAGGGUUUUGAGUCACAAGUCCCAACUGCAUCUGAGCUACCACCCCCCUACGAAAUGUUUGCUUCCUCAUCAAAUUUCUAUAGAAAAUUGUAGAGGCAUGGAGAUUCUCAAUUGGGCGCAAAAGUCUGUCCUCUACUCAACUCCUCCAUCCUCCUCUCUUCCAUGCCCCAGAGGCCGAUAAGGGGUCACCAUAUAUAGGAGAGGGUCAAUUAGUUAAUAAGGGAACAGAGGAGUUUGAUCCUCUCCUUGAUAGCCUCCUCUGGCCAAGGAUAUUGAGAUGUAUCCUACCAGAGUACUACAUGGAAGAGGUUUGAAAUGCGCCACAACCCCUUUGAAUCCGUUGUUGUUUUGUCAGAGAAAAGCAUGUACCUUUAAAUACAAUAUGCUACCUAUCAUUUUAUCUAUAAAACACCCAUCAAGUACCGGGUCGGACCCCCCCUUUGCCUUCAGAACAGCCUGAAUGGAUGCACCGUAUCAGCAACAAUGUUUAAAUACGCUGUGGCGUUGAAACGUUGCUCAUUUGUUUGUCUGUUUGUGGCCCAUCUGUUAGCUUGCACGAUUCUUGCCAUUCUCCUUCGAUCUCUCUCAUCAACGAGCUGUUUUCACCCACAGGACUGCAGCUGACUGAAUGUUUUUUGUUUGUCGCACCAUUGUUGGUAAAAACCUAGACACUGUUGUGUGGAAAAAGCCCAGGAGGGUGGCCAUUUCUUCGAUAUUGGAUCCGGCACACCGAUGUUGAUACCACGCUCAAAGUUGCAUACGUCACUUGUUUUGUCCAUUCUAACGACCGAACAGUAACUGAAUGCCUCGAUGCCUGUCUGGUGUACUUAAUAAACUGGCCAGUGAGCGUAUAUAUUAAAAGUCUAAUUUCAUACCAGCGUAUUUGUUUUCAAGUUUCCUCCUCCUUGCCUCGAUUACCUUUGACCUUUUUCAAAAAGAGGGGAAGAGAGGACAGAGGAGAUGACGUGAGGAAUUGAGCAAAUUCUAUUGAUAUUCUCCUGGAUGAAGGGUGAAGAAUUUCAGAAGAAUUAGAAUUGAUUGUAUUGUAUUGUCUUGUCUAACCAUUUCCUCCUUCACUUUUAUUGGUCUUUUUUUGUAUAUGCAUGCAUGAUUGUACGUUGCUUUGGAUGACAGCUUCUGCUAAAUGGCAUAUUAUUAUCAUUAUUAUUUAGCAUCUAUACUUAUUGCUAAUUUACCUGCCUUGAUUUGAAAUGUGUGCAUGUU